GCUGCCUGCCUGCGCCCAGUCCGCACCGAACCGUGCACCAGUUUGUGUCCAAGAUAAAAAGAAAUAAAAAACGACCACCCACGGUAACGUCCUCCAUCUCCGAAACAAAAUUAACCAUAUUUUUUAUAUAUCAAAAAUUUGUUAUUCGUAUAGAGAAGAGGAGUCGGUGAAUACGGAAGAGUUUCUAGUUUAUUUAUUGUGAGAACCGAAAUAAUUUUAUUAAAAAGGAGUAUAAGCGCGCGCGAGCGAAACGAACAAUUUUUUACUUUACAUUUUUUCUUUUUCGAAUGCGAAAAGUGUGCUGUUUCUCAGGAGGAUCGUAAAGUGUCUCUCCUUCAAAUUGGUAUUUAUUUAGAUGUGAUUUACACUUGCAUCUAUACUUAUACAUUCCCUUCCUCUAAACUACGUUUUACAUCAAAUUUGUUUUAUACGCUCCGCAAUAAAAAGCAGUACAAUAUUUGAUUGCAAACAAAGAAACGAAAAAAAAUCAGGCAAAUCGAGUUAAGAAAAAAAGAAACAGCGGUAAGAUAAGAAGGUGUAUCGUAUUUUCUGUAGAGGUGUGAUCGUCGACCGUGGAUGUGAUAGGAGCGAGGAAAAGGAAGGAAUACAACAGGAACAAGACGACACCGUCAACGAAGACGACGACAAUCAGUGGUGAUAAUAACCGUGCGUGAAGUUUUGUAUGUGUUUGGUGGAAAAGAGUUCGAAAGUUGGUAGCGCCGAUCGCGUAAAGGUGUCGUCGUCACGACGCGGCAGAGGGUCACGGCGUGGAGGCGGAGGCAACGGCAUGGUGGCCAGCCAGAACGUCGAGAAUGAGAUGUACCAACUGCCCCAAUAUCACCUGCACAGCGACUUCUACGCCGCCCCAGACACCCACUACUACGCCCUUCCCGCAGACAUCGGACAUCCUCACCACAUAUGCACGAUCCACGAUUAUGCCGGUCCGGUGACGGUUCCGAUGGUGUCGACGAACUCGUCGCCGCCAAUCGCGAUGCCCGUCCAAGUGCCACCGGGGCACGUUGUCCAGCAGAUAGUCGACGAAAGUGGCACCCUUCGACACUUGAUCCUCUCGGCCCAGCAUCCAGGACUCUUGCCUAUCACAACGCACAACCCACAACACUAUAAUGCCGGACCUAUGAACGGCAGUAAUGGACCACCGCAGGCGUUCUAUCAACAGAGCAUGCCGCAGGGCUUCGUCUCACCGCCUCAUCCGCACUUCCACACAACAAUGCCUCCAAGUGGUGGAGGAGGUGGUGGAGCAGGCGUCGGUGGAGUUGGAGGAGGUGGCAGCGUCGGAGGUCACGGACCUAUCCCGACGCAUCCCUCGGGCCAUUCUCCGCCACUCUACUACAAGGACGAACGUACGCAACGGCAACACAUCAAGCUCAAGAAGAAGUUGCAGGAGAAGCAACAGAAGAAUGCUGGUGCUGGAGAUGAGAGGAAGGAUAUGGCAAAUGGAAUUAAGAGAAAUAAGGGUAUGAAUAGCGUCGGUACUUCGGAGGAUGGAGAAGAGAGCAGUAGCGUUCAGGACGACGAGGAUUUGCAAAGCUACAUCGAGAUAUUGAGUUCCGUCCAACCACCUGUGGUUAUGGAACUAUCAUCGAAGCGUGCCUUACUGCAGUGGUCGGUUCCGUCUAGGUUGUCGGAGGCAUCAAGCAGCGAUAGUUUAGAUGUAGAUAUUUCCGAGAGUGAACUGUCGUACGAGGUGCUCCUCAGCGACAAGAAUAAGGAGGCCAAAUUCAGGUCGAUAUACUUGGGAAAUUCUCAAUCGUGCUUGAUCGAGGACCUUAAGCCCGGAAUCGAGUACUACGUAAGAUUGCAGGUUCAUAUGGACGGUCUCCAGGGAACCGUCUCCGACGCCCUGAAAUUCGUUACGCCCUCUUGCGCUCCUGAGACGCCGGCCCCUCCUAAAUUGACCAGCCGUAGCAAAAACAGUCUACAGCUUAGGUGGGGGACGACGCCGCAGAACGGGUCUCCCAUCCUCCACUAUAUCCUCGAGUAUGAUGAAGGCAAGGGAAGCAGCAACGGCGGCGGCUUUAUCGAGCUGAGCCGGCAGCGAGGUCAGAUGAUGAACGUGCAGAAUCUGAUACCUGCCACCUGCUACCGUUUCCGACUCUCCGCUGCAAACGCGAUUGGCACCAGUGACUGCUCCCCAACAGUUGCCUUCUUCACACUCGAUCACGCUCCUACCCAGCCGGAUCCUCCGCAGCUGAAGAAGGCUGCCACUAACAGCCUCCAUCUAUUCUGGAAACGACGCCCGAAGGACGACGACUACAAUUUGCAAAUACUGCAUCCCAACGCAGAGCACUACAGUCCCGUAUACAAUGGCUGCGAUACGGACUACAUAUGUACGCAGCUCACACGUUACUCUGACUACAAAUUCAAAUUGAAGGCUUUGAACGAAUUCGGACACUCGAUCUGGUCGGAGCAAGUCACAUUCCAAACGCUUCCUGAGAAACCGGCGAGGCCCUCGAAACCGGUCGUCAAGGGCCGUAUCCAUGCGCACUCCUUCCGCCUCAAAUGGGAACCGCCCAAUGACAAAGGCGGAGCCGAUAUUUCCAAAUACAUAUUAGAAGUCAAUUCAGGUUCUGGUUACGAGACCAUUUAUACAGGUACGGAGACAGAAGCUAUCUGUGAUAAGUUGACUCCGGGUACGACGUAUCAGCUUCGCGUUUCCUGCGAAGGCAUCGGAGGGGUGAGUAAUUAUUCGGAUCCGUGCACGGUGACGACGGAGGCAAUCAGCCCGGGGCAGUGUCCCGUACCUAAGCUGCACGGCAAAGUUAAGUCGACGAUGGCCGUGCUUCGAUUUGCUGCCCCCGAUUACAACGGAGGAGCUCCCAUUCUCGAAUUCGAAGCGGAAAUGUUCGGACCGGACAGCAAUCGCACCGUUUUCCACAAGAGCAAAGACCUGGAAUGCAGCGUGACAAAGUUGCAACCAGGCUGCGAGUACUCGUUCUUUGUGAGGGCUGUCAAUAGGAUAGGCGCAGGUCUAUGGUCGGACGCCCUCACAGUCGUAAGCGCCGCCGCCCCACCCACCGAUUGUCAACCGCCAAUUGUCGUCUGCAAAUCGCCGACGUGCGCGACGGUGGAGUGGCAGGUGCCGCAGAGCAACGGCGCUCCCAUCACCGAGUACCGCCUGGAGGUGGGCGAGAACACCGAUACCUUCCAUCAGGCUUACCAAGGCCCGCAAACAAUGCACGAAAUCAAGAACCUCAGUCCGUUCACCACGUACUACUUCCGCAUUCAAGCAUCAAACUCCGCCGGAUACGGGCCGCACUCCGGGAACAGCAUCAUCCUUACACCGGCCGCUGCACCAAAUCCUGUUAAUAAUCCGAAAAGCGAGAUCACCGCCACCUCGGUAACUCUCAAUUGGCACGAACCGUACAACAACGGCGCGCCUAUCACUCACUACAACAUCGAAUACGCUGAUCAUCUGAUCAACACCCAACAACCUGUCACCAGCUACACUAUUUCCGAUCUGCAGCCCAACACCUACUACAGAUUCAAGCUGCAGGCUGUGAAUGCGGUCGGGCCGAGCUCCCACUCCACCACGUUGAAGGUUACCACACUGCGACUUCCGCCGAGGCCACCGAAGCUCGAUUGCGUCGGCGUUGGACACAACAACCUGAGGCUCAAAUGGGGGGAGGGCAAGAACCCCGACUUCACGCAGUUUACGGUGGAUAUGUUGAACGCUCGCAACCAGGAGUACCAAACCGUGUACCGCGGCACCGCCUAUACCUGCAAGGUGACCAAGCUGCAGGAGUUGACCAGCUAUUCGUUCCGAGUGUGCGCUAGCAACGACGCCGGCGACGGAAACUUCUCCGAGCAAUACACCUUUUUCACGAACAUCGCGCCUCCUUGUCCGUUGAAGCCGCCGAAAAUUGCCCUCGUCGAAGGAAGAACGUGCUCCCUCGAAUGGAUGCCACCCAAAUACUCGGUGGCCGAUCCCAUCGAAUACCUGGUGCAGUUCUCCAGGCUCAAGGACCAACAAUACAAACAGGUGUAUCGUGGUUCGGAGACGAAAUGCACGUUGGAGAACCUGGAGUCCGGAGCAGAAUACUGCGUUCGAGUGUGCCCGAUCAGGAUGGCAGAGUCGGGGCAGGUGCAGGGCGCGUAUUCGCCACUCUCCAACUUCUCGACUCCCCAGGCCGAGCCCCAGGUAUCUGCGAAAGCAUCUACCGCCUCAUCGACGUCGCCGACACACGGAGGACACAGACACCGCUCCCUCAUGUCGACCAUCUGGUCACCCAACAAGACCAUGUCCGAACUGCAGAUCGCACUCCUCAUAUCCACGUGCGUGGCUGUCGUCGCCAUUGUCAUAGCCAUCAUCUACGGAUGCCUUAAUCCCAUCACGAGCAACAACUAGAUGAUCAAGACAGAGCGCAGCAAAUUCAAGAACACAAAAAGAAAAACAUUGGAAGAAAACCGAUGAGAUUAAUAUAUACUGGAUAAUCGAUGUUUCUGACCGAGUAAUUAAAGAAAGCAACAACAAAAGUAGGGCUCUCAGUAGAGUUGUCCGAACCUGAAAGAUCUUUGGAUUAAUAUAUUAUUUUAUAUACAUUAUAUAUAGAGAAAUAACAGGAAAAACAUCAAGCAACAUAUUUAAUGAAAAAAAAAAAAAAAACAAGAUAUAUACAGACAGUGAUAUUUUUUCUAAA